CCUCUCCCAUCUUAAUUUUCUUUCAGUUCAAUUUUUUUUAUUUGUUAUCUGCAUUUUUUGCUUCUGUAUUGCUAAAAACUUUCGGCUUUGCAGUUGGAAUGCAAACUAUGAUAGCUUGCUCAGCAGCAACAAGCCUUUCACCAAGCCGGUUCCUCUGGCUGAAAUGGCAGAUUUUUUAGUUGACAUUUGGGAGCAAGAAGGGCUGUAUGAUUGAUAUAUUAGUAUAGGCAUUAGAUUUUGACUGUCGAUCGAGUAGUAGGACUCGACCGCUGUUGUAAAAUGUUAAAUUGUAUCGAGCUGUAUGAUUUUAAUGAUCGUAUCAAAAAUAUGAAAUUAUGAUCCUGAGUCUCGACCUUGAUUGACAUCCAUGAGUGUGAUUCGAAAGUGUUUAUUGGAUGCAUUAGGCCUCGAGAACCCUCCUCAACGUUCAAGCCAAAGUUGGAUAAAGAUAGAAUAAAAACUUUUUCAUGUUCCCACCCACCCCACGCCUCCCUAGAACCUCUCAGAAUCUUCUCUCCACUGUAGAAUACCAACUACAGAGACAGCUCUUUAAAUUCUUUCCAAUCCUCUGCUCUCAUCACAACUAAUAAAAAAACUUCGUCAUUCAUACUCACAUAGAUAAUAAUCUUGUCUGCUUGAUCCAAAAAUCAAAAUCAUAAUGGCUUUAGCUCGUUUGGCUAUGAAAUCUUUGCAGCAGAGGGUGGUUUCUCCCUCAUCUUCUUUGUUGUCUCGAAAUGUUAACCUCAGUACCGCUCCUACCCAUAAAGAAAAGUGGGCUUCUGAGUUUCUCCGGCGGCUUUCGACAGUGGCAGGUGAAAAGUCAGAGGGCGGCGCCGCCCGAGAGGUGGCUGUUUCUGAAGGUGGUGACAAGACGUUUAAGUUAUUCCCAAGGAAGAAAAAUAGAAGGGGUCUAUGGAGAAGUCACGACCGUGACGUUGUUCCUGCUUCUUGGGAAUUAUUUCCAUCUGGGCUUGGAAAUGCUUUACUACAAGCAACUGAAAACAUCAACAGAUUAUUCGAAAAGUUGUCACCUUCUAACCUCAUUGGCAAGGUAAAAGAGAAAAAAGAAUGCUACAAACUGCGAUACGAGGUUCCGGGGCUAGGCAAGGACGACGUAAAGAUAACGGUCGAGGAUGGAGUUCUUACCAUAAAAGGAGAGCACAAAGAAGAAGAAGAAGAAGGAUCUGACGAUGAAUAUUGGUCAUCCAAAAGCUAUGGUUACUAUAAUACAAGUCUUCUGCUGCCAGACGAUGCGAAAAUCGAUGAAAUUACGGCUGAGAUUAAGGAUGGUGUGCUGACCAUUACUGUGCCAAGGAUUGAGAGGGAUGAGAAAAUUGUUAAAGAAAUUAAAGUGAAUUGAAUUCGAGUCUUAUGGGGUGUUUGGUUUUUGAUUUUUCCCGUAUGUACAAAGGAGGGGUUCAGAAAAGUCCUCCGGGAUACUCACCUGGGUGGGUUCAUAUAAUUAAAAUAUUGUCAAAAUAAUAUCCAUCCUUUUAUCAUGUGUUAUCUGGAUGGGUUAUGUGAACUCCUCCUUGUACGUGUAGUCUCUCCCUUGGUUUUUAUUCAGCUAACCUUUUGUGUAAAGUAAUGAAUAAGCUUAUUACGAAUAGAUGUUCGUUGUUUGAGUUUAAAAACGAUAC